AUGGCUCUCCACCUCCCUCUAUCCCUUGCAGCUGUCAACAAGUUCCUUCUCUCUGCUUCCUCCGACUUCAUUAUCUAUCUAUCUAUCUAUCUAUCUAUCUAUCUAUCUAUCUUAUUCAUUAUCUAUCUAUCUAUCUAUCCAUCUAUCAGUUCAUUAUCUAUCUAUCUAUCUAUCUAUCUAUCUAUCUAUCUUAGUUCAUUAUCUAUCUAUCUAUCUAUUUUAGUCAAUUCAUCUAUCUAUCUAUCUAAGUUUCAUUAUCUAACUAUUUAUCUAUCUAUUCAUCUUAGUUCAUUAUCUAUCUAUCUAUCUAUCUAUCUAUCUAUCUACCUAUCUUCGUCACUUGAUUAUGUAUCUGUCUGUCUGUCUAUCUAUCUAUCUAAGUUCAUUAUCUAUCUAACUAUUUAUUUAUCUAUUCAUCUUAGUUCAUUAUCUAUCUAUCUAUCUAUCUAUCCAUCUAUCAGUUCAUUAUCUAUCUAUCUAUCUAUCUAUCUAUCUAUCUAUCUUAGUUCAUUAUCUAUCUAUCUAUUUCAUUAUCUAUCUAUCUAUCUAUCUAUCUAUCUUCGUCACUUCAUUAUGUAUCUGUCUGUCUGUCUAUCUAUCUAUCUAAUUCAUUAUCUAUCUAUCUAUCUAUCUAUCUAUCUAUCUAUCUAUCUAUCUUCGUCACUUCAUUAUGUAUCUGUCUGUCUGUCUGUCUGUCUGUCUAUCUAUCUAUCUAAGUUCAUUAUCUGUCUAACUAUUUAUCUAUCUAUUCAUCUUAGUUCAUUAUCUAUCUAUCUAUCUAUCUAUCUAUCUAUCUUCGUCACUUCAUUAUUUAUCUAUCUAAAUUUUCAUUAUCUAUCUAACUAUUUAUCUAUCUAUCUUCUAUCUUCGUCUUCAUUAUGUAUCUGUCUGUUCUAUCUAUUAUCUAAAUUCAUAUCUAUCUAUUUAUCUAUCUAUUCAUCUGUUCAUUAUCUAUCUAUCUAUCUAUCUAUCUAUCUAUCUAUCUAUCUUCGUCACUUCAUUAUGUAUCUGUCUGUCUGUCUAUCUAUCUAUCUAAGUUCAUUAUCUAUCCAACUAUUUAUCUAUCUAUUCAUCUUAGUUCAUUAUCUAUCUAUCUAUCUAUCUAUCUAUCUAUCUAUCUAUCUAUCUAUCUAUCUAUCUGUCCCCCUGCCGUCUACUUUCUAUGGAAAUCCACUUUAUCUCAAAUCAACAAUGCUGAACCACAACCACGUCUUCUUUACUGCUAGUCUUUGA